AGGAGGGGCGCGCGAAUCGCCACUUUGGUGACGUAGUUUUCGCGCCCAUUGUCCUGGAAUCUAUAAAAAGGUUAUCCAGAACACAUUCCUUUCACUCCAAAAAACUACCUCUCUCCUCUCCCCCCCGACAACCACUCCAUUCCUCAUACCCCCCAAAGAAAACAAGCACACCAUGCGUCUCGCCCUCUUCUCCGUCCUUUCCGUUCUGGCUCUCGGUCUGAUCCGUAGCGAAGCUACCAACGUUGUCCGUAUCGACCCUAAGUCUGGCUUAGUCUGCCUUAUCCUUCCUCCUCCCGGUAAACUCAUUGGCGACACAGAGCAAAACGGCCAUGUCCAGUGCACUGAUGGCAAGCCCAAGUUGUUGCCCUCCAAGUUCUUUGCCACCAAGAACUUCCAGGUCACCAAGGACUAUGUCCAGGCUUGGGGUUUCAUGAACGACGCCAGCGUGGGUCUCCUCAAGAAGGACGGUGGCGGACAGUACGAUGUCCACAAGGACUCUGGCGACAACAUCGCCCCCGGCUACCCUGUCUUUGUCGAACUCCUCGAGCCCGAUAGCGGACGCUGGUGCAUCCGCUUCUGCCACGAAAAGGGACCUCACUGCAACAUGGGACGUAGUAGCGAUGGAUGCGAAGGCGCUUUGGGCAUCACCAGCUGGCCAUCCCCUUCCCACCAUUAAAAGAAGCUCCACAUUUCCUCUUGCAAUAUAAAAAUAAAAACCUCACACAAUCCCUGUAGACCUACUAGGCAUAGCCGCUG